AUGGGUUGGCGGGACAUCUUCGCCUCUGACGCAGCGCAGUUCCGGCAGGAUAUGCAGCGGCAUCGAUUGCUCCCUACUCACGAAGGUGAUGAGGUUCCCACGGAUCAUCCUGCAAAGGAAGUUACUAGACUUGCGCUGCGACUGAAAUACCAGCUCGAGCAAGUUAUCCCCUGCGAGCUCGAUGAGGACUCGGUCACAAACCCCAAUAGCCGGAUCAUUACUCAUGAUGUAGUCCAGACUGCUAUGCAGGCGGGGGGAGAUGAUCUUCGCGCCUGUGUCCCUUUCUGCUUACUAGUGUGUCUACGCUGGUUUCAACACCAGGCCUCGCAGGAGCUGUGGGAUGCCGACCUCCACGAGCUUCGGGCAACUGCUUGUGAGGUCAUUGCGAAGCGGAUCAUUGAAUCCGAAGAGGACCAGAAUCAUCUUCUCGUCCAUAUCCUACUCAAGCGUUACUCAAUCUUCCAAGAUGGCGAAGAAACUGCCCCAGCCAAUGUCAUCGAGCGAGCUGUUGAUCUCCAUGCUCUGAGGGUCAUUGGGUCUGCCGGAUACCAGAAGUGCAUCAGGUACCUCUGGAAUGGCUGGUUGUGCCAGCAGGAAGGCAACCCAACCAACUUUGUUCCCUAUCAUGAUAGAGAUAGUACUGAGUUUUCGGUGCACUUCCAUCCGGACCGCAUGAGGGCACCCAUUUACCAGAGCGCAUGCCAAAUUUUGUUCUCGCUUGUAUACUUGGCUUUAUACACCCAGAUCAUCAACUCCGUCAACCCCACCGGGGAUUUGGAUGUCAUUGAGGGAAUCCUUUAUAUUAUGACCCUGGCAUUUAUUUGCGACGAAGCGACCAAGCUUUGGAAAAUAGGGCGAAGCUACUUUGACUUCUGGAAUGCAUUCAACUCUACGCUUUACGCCAUCCUUGCCGUCUCGUUCUUCCUUCGCGUCGCAGCCCUGACACACUCCCCAUCUGCGGGCGACGAAAAGAGACAGGCAUUAAACAAACUAAGCUAUAACUUCCUAGCCUUCGCAGGUCCGAUGUUUUGGAUGCGCAUGAUGCUCUAUCUGGACACUUUCCGGUUUUUCGGCGCCAUGUUUGUUGUCCUGCGCGUCAUGAUGAAGGAGAGUCUGAUCUUCUUUGCUCUCCUCUUCGUCGUCCUGAUCGGGUUCUUCCAAGCGUUCACGGGCAUGGCUCAAGUUGAUAAUGGACCCCUCGGUACUAAAAGCAUCAUCAUUGGAAUGGCAAACAGUAUCAUGCAAAGCCCAGAAUUCGGGAUGUUUGAGGACUUUGCGUUUCCGUUCGGUAUCAUCCUGUAUUACUUCUAUACCUUUAUCGUUCUAACCAUCCUCCUUAACAUCCUAAUUGCCCUCUACAACACCGCCUACGAGGCCAUCUCCGGCAACGCAACGGAUGAGUUCAUGGCGAUAUUCGCACAAAAAACCAUGCAGUUCGUGCGCGCCCCGGACGAAAACGUCUUCAUCCCACCAUUCAACAUCAUCGAGAUUCUCUUCCUGAUCGUUCCUUUCGAAUGGUGGCUCCCCGGUCCAUCCUAUGCCAAACUUAACGACAUCGUAAUGGGUGUAAUCUACUCGCCGCUCCUAUUGAUAAUCGGCUUCCUUGAAGUGCGUGAAGCACGCCGAAUCAGACAUAACCGGCGCCGCGGCGAGGAAGACGAUGAUAGCGUCGAGGAGUGGGAGCAUAUAGCUGAGCAGGUGGACUUCGAGAUCGAUGAUACCUGGAAACAGCGUGUGUGUGAGAGUUCGCCGAACGUGCAUAUUGAUCAGAGUAGUGUUGAGAUCGCGCAGCUGAGGGAACAGAUUCAGUCGUUGACGGAGUUGGUAAGGCAGCUGGCCGAGGAGAAGAUGGGAGGUAGUUCGAGUUUUGGAGGUGGUGGAAAUGCAGGAGAGACGAGGUCUGAUCUUACUGACUGA